CCAUACCAACUACUCAAUUUUGGCUUUAACAAAUAAAAUCAGUGUGAUUUCCAAAUCAAACCAUCUUUUCCACUUUCAUAAUUCUCUUUCUAUUCCUCUGUCAGCAAGCACUAGCAGGAACAGGACAAACCAUGAUUCAAGAAAUUGUAGAACAAGUUCAUGACAUAAGACGCAAGACACAAUGUAUUAAACUUCAUAGUUUGUUGUGAGCAUCCAUGGCUGGAAUGCUUCCAGGAGUUGAAUGUGCAAGAAGAAGAAGAUUCCAUAGUUGCUUGGAUUCAAACUCAACUUCUUUAGCUUCACAUGUAUCCACAAGGCGCUCUUCUUUUGGUUUGUAUGCAAGUAACUUUUCCUUGUCCACUUCACAGCAAAGAGGCAUGUUAUACCAUACACACCCAGAUGAGGAUAUGGCAGGAGCUGCCAGAGAAGCCAGACAGAGAUUGGAUGACAAGUUCAGAGCACAAAGGAUGUCAGAUAACAAAAGGCAAAAGAGUACAACAUGUGUGGAGGGUGGAAGAACAAGCAUAACAGAGUUGCACACAGAGGUAUAUGGGUCAAAGAAAAGUGGUGCAAGGAAAUUCAGUUGGAGUAGAUGGAGCUGGAAGGCCUCUGAACAAGAGGACUGUGCAGUGUGCUUGGAAUCAUUCAGGGUCGGAGAGACACUGAUCCAUCUUCCUUGUGCACAUAAGUUCCAUGACAGAUGCUUGAAACCAUGGUUGGAAAAUAAUUCUCAUUGUCCAUGUUGCAGAACAACCAUUCUUUCCCUCUCUCUUUAACUUUUCCCUGUCUUCCAUUCUAGACUGAGUUGGAUAACAUGAAGUCAUUUGUUUGAAUAUUUGAACUUCAAAGUGAUUAUAUG